AUGGCGCAUCAAACCCUCCACCUGCCGGAUGGCAAGAAGUUCUCCGUCGCUCCCGUCUUUGGGGGCAUGGGCUUCCGAAGCCUCGAACACAACAGCCCGCUACAUCCGUAUCCCGUGGGCUGGAUGACGGUGCUCCAUACCGAAGAGGAAAGAGUCGACCUGGACGGCCACGGCCCCGUCGACGGCGGCAGCGGCGGCAGCGGCGGCAGCAGCAGCCAAGACGGAACUCCCGACAAGGACGCCGUCGUGACGAAUCAGCACGGCAGCGCGGUGCCGAAACCCAAGCGGCGCACCAAGCCGUUUCGCACGCCUACUCUCCACAACGACAGCCUCUUCAUCUCGUCCAUCUCGUUGCCUUCCAACUCCGAGUGUAAGCCUGCCGUCAGUCCCACGCGCGAGAUUGCCAUGAUGCUGUGGAUCACUCUCUACUGGUACUUUCAUCAACCGGAGCCCGACCACAGCCUGGAGACUGCUGCCUCGAAAAACACGCCUGCUGGCGCCAAGCCGUUGGGGGAGUGGACGAUCCGCAUCAAGAGGGACGGCGUGCUCCGGGGAAGGAACCUUAUCCCCAAGCUGGAGCGCAUGGGGUUGAUUGCCUCGGAAGACACGUCCGUCGGGACCGCCGUCGACGACAAUGGCGACGAAUGGGCCACCAUGUUUACCUCCAAGAGGAUGUUCUGGCAGAGUCCCGGAAACCUGUUUCUAUUCACCCUGCAACCUAUCGGAAAGUCACUGGCACCCGGACUACACUCCACUCCCGCGUCUCCCAUAAGCAGCCGCCCAGCGUCGCCGAGAGAAGACGCCUUCCGCCUAGAACACCGACAUCAGCUCAGCAGUAGCGGCGCAUUGACGCCCUCAGGCGGCCAACUGGCAGCCGACGUCCCUGGCGCCCCAAUGCCGACAGCAGUCGCCACCGCGCCGAGCUUUCCCAUCGGGCCAUACUUUUCCGCCUCUCACCUGCCAACUUUUUACCCUGCACCCCCCCUGCAAUACGUCUUCUCCGACGGCAUCCGACACCCGCUUCGGCCCAAGCCGCCGAGGAUGGGCGAGGUUUUCUACACGCGCUACAUAGACAGCUUGGGACAGUAUCUGUCCUUCCGGGUGGCAUCUUGCUCCGCCCAGCCCGUUCCCUAUCUCGGCCCAGUCGGGCCCAAACCCCCCGAACAGGCUCACCUGUGCAACAUGUGCGACAAGGACCUGGUGCAGUCCUGGUUCGAGAACCCCCGCGUCAAGGAGUUUUGGGGCACAUGCGCUCCGGAUUUUCUCGAGUCGGCUCUGCGCUCGAAGCACUCGUUCCCCGUGGUCGGACUCUGGGACGGCGUUCCCUUUGGGUACUUUGAGCUGUACUGGGUCAAGGAAGACGCGCUUGGGCGCCACGUGGGCAGCGAGGUCGGUGACUGGGACCGCGGCAUACACAUCAUGGUAGGAGAGGAGUGGUCUAGGGGCCGAGUCGCCGCCUGGUUGACGAGCUUGGUCCACUGGUGCUUGACGUGCGACUCGCGCACAAUGAAUGUGUGCCUAGAGCCCAGAAUCGACAACAAGAGGGUCAUGAAGCACCUCGAUGCGUGCGGCUUCGCCAAGGAGAAGCAAGUAUCGUUUCCGCACAAACAAGCCUGGUACGUCAGGCUAAAACGAGAAUCCUGGAACGGGCCGGCGCUUUGA